AUGGGUGCUGCGCCCGUGAUGCUCGGGGUGAUGAUGAUCGCGGCCAUCUUCUCUUUUAGCCCGCGCUCACGUCCUGGACAUGAUCCCGAGUACAUCGCCUCCUUCGACUCUUGUCGCUAG